AGGCUCCUCAUCCUUCUCCCCUUUUAAGCAUAUUUGUUCAUAUUUUACAAGCGACCAAUUAAGCCGAAUCUCUCCUUUUCCCUAGCAAUACUUCAAGAAAGAGAGAGUUUGGUGUUCUGGGCUCUAUUUUUUUGAAGUUUCUUGAUUUCUAGACUUGUUUGUUUCCUGAGGAAUUUAAAGAAAAUUCAAGAAUGGCAAAGAAUGUGGGAAUCCUCGCUGUGGAUAUUUACUUCCCUCCUACCUGUGUUCAACAGGAAGCCCUGGAGGCCCACGAUGGUGCAAGCAAAGGGAAAUACACAAUUGGACUUGGACAAGAUUGCAUGGGAUUUUGUACAGAAGUGGAAGAUGUUAUCUCAAUGAGUUUGACAGUUGUGAGUUCACUUCUUGAGAAGUACAAUGUUGAUCCAAAACAAAUUGGUCGCUUAGAAGUUGGCAGUGAGACCGUUAUUGACAAGAGCAAAUCCAUUAAGACCUUCUUGAUGCAAAUCUUCGAGAAAUGUGGAAACACUGACAUUGAAGGCGUUGACUCAACUAAUGCAUGCUAUGGAGGAACUGCAGCUUUAUUCAACUGUGUCAAUUGGGUUGAGAGUUGCUCAUGGGAUGGACGAUAUGGGCUUGUUGUGUGUACUGACAGUGCGGUCUAUGCAGAAGGGCCUGCUCGACCAACUGGAGGAGCUGCUGCCAUUGCCAUGCUAGUCGGUCCGGAUGCACCUAUUACUUUUGAAAGCAAAUUUAGGGGGAGUCACAUGUCUCAUGUCUAUGAUUUCUAUAAGCCCAACCUUGCCAGUGAAUAUCCGGUUGUGGAUGGCAAGCUUUCCCAAACAUGCUACCUCAUGGCCCUUGAUUCCUGCUACAAACAAUUUUGUGCCAAGUACGAGAAAUCAACAGGCAAACAAUUCUCUAUUUCUGAUGCUGCCUAUUUUGUAUUCCAUUCUCCAUAUAACAAGCUUGUACAGAAAAGUUUUGCUCGUUUGGUGUUCGAUGACUCUGUGAGAAAUGCCAGCUCUAUUGAUGAGGCUGCUAAAGAGAAACUAGCACCAUUUUCAACUUUAUCUGGUGAUGAAAGCUACCAAAACCGGGAUCUUGAGAAGGUAUCCCAGCAAGUUGCAAAGCCUCUUUAUGACGCAAAGGUGCAACCAACCACUUUGAUACCCAAGCAAGUUGGCAACAUGUAUACUGCAUCUCUCUAUGCGGCAUUUAUAUCCCUUCUUCACAAUAAAAGUAGUGAAUUGGCGGGCAAGAGGGUUAUAUUGUUCUCAUAUGGAAGUGGUUCGACAGCCACAAUGUUCUCAUUGAAAUUACAUGAAGGUCAAAAGCCAUUUAGCUUGUCAAACAUUGCAACCGUGAUGAAUGUCUCAACGAAGUUGAAGUCAAGGCAUGAGUUUUCUGCAGUGAAAUUUGUCGAAACUAUAAAUCUAAUGGAGCACAGGUACGGAGGCAAGGACUUUGUGACGAGCAAGGAUUGUAGCCUCUUGGCUCCAGGAACGUACUAUCUGACGGAAGUCGACUCUAUGUACCGAAGAUUUUAUGCCAAGAAGCCUGUGGAUGGUGCUUGCGAGAAUGGUUCACUUGUCAAUGGUCACUAAGCCACUACAGCUGCAAUGGGCCAAGGAUUCGGCUCUUACUUUUAGAUAGGUGUUGUUGUCAAGUCCUAAGAAGAAUAUUCAUGCUUCCUUUAAGGUUCGUAUUUUAAAAUCAAAUAGUUGGUUGAUUAGCAAGCAAGGGUUCCGAGUGUAAUUUUCAUUCCACCUAAUAAAAUCUCUCUCUAUGAGAGUUUUGUUA